GCCACGACAUUGACACACCAAGAAUUAGGUGACACUUUAAGACACAGAAACAAUGAACAUUCCAAGUUCCAACUCAUAUCUUAGAUUUUUUUUUUCUCUUAAUCUUCUCAACUCUCAAGCUCAGAAAAUGUGCCUCUAACUAAGCAAAAGUUUCUCACAGCAAAAAAGAUGAAGUUUGGGAAGGAAUUUUCCUCACAAAUGGUGCCAGAAUGGCAAGAAGCAUACAUGGAUUAUCACUCUCUCAAAGCUAUUCUCAAAGACAUGUCAAGGUUUAAUCAGAAAAAUGAAUCAACACCACCAAUGGCUUCCACCCCAAAAGGGUCUCUAAAGAGAAGGUUAACUCUCUACAGAGCCUUCAGUGGUCUAACAUCUCAACAAAGAGGGUCUCCAAGGAAGAGUGAAGAUGAAGUGAUUCUUGUUAGAGCAGAGGAAGGUGUAGAAGGUUCAGAAGGGUUGUACCACACCAUAUUCCUCAAGGCUUCUGAAGAAGGGGCAGAAAGAGACCUUGAGUUUUUUAAGAAGCUUGAUUGUGAGUUUAACAAGGUCAAUGGCUUCUACAAGAAGAUGAUGAAGGAAGCUGUUGAAGAGGCAGAUGAGUUGAGUAAGCAAAUGAAUGCUCUCAUUGCUCUCAGAAUAAAAGUGGAUAAGGUGGGGUUCAGAAAUUCUGAUGGCAGUGGAGCCUCUAAUUUAACUUCCAUGAAGCAUCAUGUAAAAGAUGCUAGACAUGGUCAUUCCUACCUACAAAUGGAUGUGAUUCAAGAAGUUGAGAUGAGCAAUGAAGGGCAUUUGGAUGAUGGAAGUGGAAACUAUGUGGAACAAACUCAUUCUAACACUUCCCUAGAGAGAUUUAGACCAGCUUCAGUGGAGAUCCUUGAUCAUGUGAAGAUCAAUGUGACCGCACCAGACACUCCAGUAUCAACCUUAAAAAGGCUUCUCUUGAGUUCAAAAUCUGGCGAGUCAUUUAGCAGCAAAGAGUUGAGAAAAGCAGAGGAGCAAAUUAGCAUAGCCUUAAAGGAAUUUCAUUAUAAGCUUCGGCUUCUAAAAAGCUAUAGCUUCUUAAACUUGUUGGCAUUCUCAAAAAUCAUGAAGAAGUAUGAUAAGGUCAGUUCAAGGAAUGCAUCAAAGAAUUACUUAAAGAUGGUGGAUAGUUCUUAUGUUGGCAGCUCAGAUGAGGUUAAUAGGCUCAUGGAAAAGGUGGAGCAUGCCUUCAUUAAGCACUUUGCAAAUGGGAAUCAUAGAAAAGGAAUGAGAACAUUAAGACCAACUUCUAAGAGGGAGCGUCAUAGAAUUACAUUCUUACUGGGGUUGUUUACUGGCUGCUCAAUUGCCCUCAUUGUGGCACUUAUUGUACUCAUACACGCAAGGAAAAUUCUAAAUAGCGAGGGUCGUACUAGAUAUAUGGAGAACAUAUUUCCUCUUUAUAGUCUUUUUGGAUUCAUUGUAUUGCAUAUGAUCAUGUAUUCCGCAAAUGUAUACUUAUGGAGGAGAUUCAAAAUAAACUAUUCUUUUAUAUUUGGCUUCAAAGAAGGAACAGAGUUGGGGUACAGAGAAGUCUUUCUUCUUAGCUCUGGCCUUGCAGUACUCGCAUUGGCUGCUGUCCUCUCAAACUUGGACAUGGAGAUGGAUCAAAGAACAAAGAGUUUCUCAGCAUUUACAGAACUAGUCCCUUUAGGCCUUGUCAUAGUUCUGCUUCUUAUAACAUUUUGUCCCUUCAACGUCAUAUAUAAAUCCAGCCGCUUCUUCCUUAUCCAAUGUGCAUAUCAUUCUGUUUGUGUUCCACUUUACAAGAUCAAUUUCCCAGAUAAUUUCUUGGCAGACCAGCUUACCAGCCAGGUGCAGGCCUUUAGAAGCUUGGAAUUCUAUGUUUGCUACUAUUUCUGGGGAAACUUCAAGACCAGAUCAAACAAGUGCCAAGAAAGUGACGUUUAUAGAACAUUUUAUUUAAUUGUAGCUAUUAUUCCAUUCUGGAUCCGUUUUCUCCAGUGCAUUCGACGUUUAUUACUUGAAGAAAGGAACAUGAUGCACGGUCUCAAUGGGCUAAAAUACAUCUCAACAAUAGUUGCAGUUGCCAUGAGGACUACUAAUGACUUGCACAGAAACAUGUUUUGGAAAAUCCUGGCUGCAUCUUCUUCAGGGUUGGCAACAAUUGUUAACACUUAUUGGGACAUAGUGAUAGAUUGGGGUCUGCUGAGAAAGAAUUCAAGAAACCCAUGGUUGAGAGAUAAACUCUCUGUGCCAAACAAAAGUGUGUACUAUAUUGCUAUGGUGUUGAAUGUUUUGCUACGACUUGCUUGGAUGCAAUCUGUUUUAGGCAUUAGAGAAGCUCCAUUCCUGCAUAGAACAGCUUUGACUGCUAUUGUAGCAUGCUUGGAGAUACUUAGGCGUGGCAUUUGGAACUUUUUCAGGUUGGAGAACGAGCACUUGAACAAUGUGGGCAACUAUCGGGCAUUCAAGUCAGUGCCACUGCCUUUUAAUUAUCAAGAAGAUGAUGAAGAUGAAUAGGAUUAGUGGCAUGUUUGAAUAUGCCUUGAACUCACUCAAAAUCAAUUUUGUCACACAAAAGCAAAAGAUAGUAGCUUCUUCCAAACCUCGUCGCUCAAAAUUGAUUCUGCUUCAAGGUGGGGAGACUCAAGAGGUUUCCAAACAUGUUAUGUGCAUACAUUAAUAUGUGAAACAAGACACCCUAACAUGUUAUGUGUAUAGAUUAGGGUGUCUUGUUUCAUCAUUUUCUGUUUUCAUUUUCUAUUUUCAUUUUGUGAAAACAGUUUCCAUUUUCAAAUUUUUAAGAUUUAAAAAAUUUGUUUGGUUAA